AUGAGUACGGAUGACGUGAAUAUACCGGGACAUAGCGGUAUUAGGGAUCAGAUACAGGGGUUGCGCUGGAUUAAUAAUAAUAUCGCUCAAUUCAAUGGCAACCCCCAGAAUGUGACCAUCAUAGGACACGAUGCCGGUGGUAUAUCCGUGUCGAUGCACGUGCUCAAUCCAGCCGCUUGGCUUUUACAAACUUUCAACUCGGCCAUAUCAAUUGGUGGCACAGCAUUCACACCAUGGGCAUUUAAAGGCAACCCUAAAGAUCAAGCCAUGAAUUUUGCCGACUUUUAUGGCUGCGAUCAGCGGUCGGACAAAAUGCUUGACUGA